AUACUUCGAAACAUAUGAACAAGGCAUUCUAAACACGAAUUAGUCAGUAGAAUAUAUCACCGUGAGGCAUCCUAUAAUUCUUUGGUCCUUGUGACGUCAAUUAUGCAGCCAUUAUGAAUUUCAAAGUUCGAGAAGAAGCGUGAGCAUGAUAAAGCCGCAUGAAGUGAGGUAGCUCAAAAUUUGAAAGUUUAUUUACAAUUAUUUGCUGUACUAAACUUUUCUGUAAAAAACGAAUGUUAUUUUCUUAAAUACUUAUAUGAAUAGAACUUAAUUAGGUAGCAUCAUUAAAAUGUCGGAGGGAACCUUGAAGGAAGGACAGCUAAUAAUAAAUUAGUAAAUCCAUAUACAAAUUUUGUCCUAAAUUUAUGGUAUCUCACAAUCAAAACAGGAAAUUUUAUCAUAAAAAGCCUAAAAUAAGACAGUAAUUAACUAUAAGAGUACCCUGGUUUAUUUAGGCAUUCAAUAACAGUGCAAAAACAUUUGAAAAAAACGUUUAUAUAUUUGUACAGCCCGUAACAUCGGUAUGAACCUAAUGAAAACUGAUCAGUGAAGCAUAACAAAUUAAAUCUUGUACCUCACUUUCUGCAUGUUCACCUGUUUUUUAUUUGUUCAGAAUAUGAAGAAAAAUAUCCGAUUUUUAAAUUGGGUAGGUAAUAUUUAUCAUUUUUGAAUCCAGUUCAAUUAAUUGUAAAAUGGUUUACAUGUAGUAUGGAAAGUAAUAAAAAUGUUUCAGUUCGUCGAAUGCUGGAUUUAGAAUUUUCUUUGCGAUACUUUUAAGUACACAGUUGUACCUGGUGUGAAAUCAAUGCGUGCUCGUGAUAAACUGUUAAUUCAAGCAGUUCCAUGAUGAGACACUAUUACAAUGUACUGCUUGUUCUUUUUCUCUCCUGCCAUCUCUGCAGGUGUAGUAACUCAACAAAGACGAUGCAUAAUCAAACUCUAGAAGAAAUUAAAACUCACGGUGGUACGAAACACUCAGAUCCGCAUUCUAAGAAAAAACAUAAAAAAGUAAAAUAUAACCUUUCAAAUGUUUUUAACCAAUUGCAACCAGAUACAUAUGAACCUUCGCAAAACACUUCAGCAAAUAGAAACACGACAAAGAAAUUUGAUAUUUUACAACAGGUUUAUAGUCGAUUAGCUGCUAAUAGAGGAAGGCCAAGUAAUGACAUAAUUAAUCUUCCAGGUGCUAUUCAUGUGUACGGACCACCUCCCAAACACAAAAUGGGAGCACCACAGCUACCCGAAGCUGCGGAGCCAUUUCGUGUUGUGGCAACGCCACACUUAAACAAAAUCAACCCCUUUAAUAGCGCAGGUAGUUUUAUGCAACAGAGGUUUAAUUAUCACAGAAAAAUGCCUUUUCAUUACUUUCAAAAUAGAAGACCUUACGUUUUUAACACAAGACCGGAACAUAUGUAUAUGCCAUAUACGCAUCAUUAUCACAGGGAAGAGUUUCAUCCGUUUAUGUCAUCAAGAGGAACGUCAAAUAUACCAGAAAACAGAAUUUUUCACGAAAUGCAGCAGCCAGAUCAAACUUUUAAUAACAAUAUGAUAAGUCCAAUACAAACACCAGUAUAUAAUAGGGCAAUGAAUGAAGGCGUUCAAAGUUUUAUAGGAAGGCAGGAUUUGAAAGACAUUUCUGAAUUUGAUGGUCACAGAGAACCUCAUGAAUUCACAGAGGGUCCGAGUAUGAUACAAGGAGGUUUAAUGGGCAGAGAAAUAAGUCCUAUGGUAGUUACAGGGCCAACCGAAAGAAAUAUAAAUUUGCACGAACCCAAUAUUAUACCUAUGCAGCAACAGAUAUAUAAUCCAGGUCCGGAACAUCACCGAUUUGAGCCCGGACAAGAAUUAACUGUUGGUCCUCAGCAAGAAUUCACCAGUAAAACAACGGACCAUUUUUAUCCUAAACCGAAAACAUACGAGAUGCAAAAUCCAGGUGUUAUAACAAGCCCUGAGGAAGAAAAUCAAUUUGUUCCGUCUUCGUCUAAAGAUAUACAAGGUAACAUUGAUGUUCAAAGUCAAACUGGCCAAAGUAACGAUAUAAUAUAUCAAGAUGGGAUUGAUCAACAGCCAGUACAACACGUGUUUCAUAACCAUCAUCAAGUCACCAAGCACCAUCACUAUUUAAAAGCACGCUGCUACCCAAACCCCUGCAGAAACUCUGGAACAUGCACUGCACUUGAGCAUGGGUAUGAAUGUACGUGCAGUAUUGGUUUCAAAGGUGUUCACUGUGAAGAAAUUAAUCCUUGUCAACCGAAUCCAUGCAAAAAUGGCGGAUAUUGUUAUGAGACAGGAGAAGGGUAUAAAUGCACUUGCAUAAAAGGAUAUAAAGGAGAAUAUUGCGAAUUUCUUGACAGAUGUCAUCCCAGUCCAUGUCACAACGGUGGCAAGUGUGUUGAAGUUGAGGAUGAUUUUCACUGCUCGUGUCCAGCUUCUUUCAGAGGACGAUAUUGUGAAGGUAUGGAUUAUUGCUCAGGCAAACCUUGUAAGAAUGGGGGCAGCUGCAUCAACGUGGAUGACAAGUAUGAAUGUGUGUGUGGAGAAAAUGCAAAAGGUGAAAAUUGUGAAGAUGUUGAUCAUUGUCAUAGUUCACCUUGUCAAAAUGGUGGACAGUGCACUGGUUCAUCUACUGGAUUUACUUGCUCUUGUCCAGAAAGAUAUUUGGGACCAACAUGCCAUGUGCAUGAAAGUUAUUGCGAACCAAGUCCUUGUAACAACAAUGGAAAGUGUAUAGAAACCGAGUAUGGUUACAAAUGCAGCUGCCCAGUCGGUUUCCAUGGUGACACAUGUGCAGAGAUGAGUCACUGUGCUUCGAAUCCGUGUUUAAACAAUGGGGCGUGUAUUGAUACAAAACAUGGCUUUCAAUGUGUCUGUUCACAUAACUAUUUUGGUGAAAAGUGUGAAAAUCCACACCAUUCCUGUUCUCAUUGUGAUCCAAACGCAGCAUGCAUUAAGGAGAACUGUGUUUGUUUGUCGGGUUAUGUUGGAAAUGGUCGUGUUUGUGAAGCCACGUCACAAUGUCAUCCAAACCCGUGCGAGAACGGUGGCACGUGUCAUGAUCGUGACAUUGGUUUUGUUUGUAACUGCGCUGGAGGUUUUGUUGGACACAAGUGCGAAGAGAUGAAUCCAUGCUUCUAUAGUCCAUGUAAAAAUGAUGGUCGUUGUAAUUACAUUGGAGGAGGAGAAUAUGAUUGCGCAUGCUCUGGCUCCUUUACAGGCCGUCAUUGUGAAGAUCACAAUCCAUGCUAUCCCAACCCGUGUCGUUAUGGUGGAGCAUGCCAUGUUCAUGAGAACACUUUUCAAUGUGGGUGCAAGAAUAGAUAUAAAGGCGAUUAUUGUGAAGUAGACCGUUGCGCGUCAUGCGAUGACCACGCAUAUUGCGAUGAUGGUGCGUGUCAUUGUCACACGGGAUACAUUGGAAAUGGAUUACAAGGCGAUUGUCACAUUUCUGAAGUCACAUCGACCACAGUUAUAUCACACGCGCCAUGCAUACAAAACCCGUGUCACAACGGUGGGACAUGUGUCGACCAAGCAGAUGACAAGUACAAAUGCGUGUGUAAGAUUGGUUACGAAGGGAAAAAUUGCGAAGAAAAAGAACAGAAAGGUGCGGCUGAUCCUUGUUCAUCCAACCCAUGUCAAAAUGGCGCCACUUGUAUAAACGAAGGAGACAGCGUUACAUGUAAAUGCACAGAUGGAUAUUUUGGUAGAUAUUGUGAGAACGGCGGACGACCUGUUCAAUCUGCUCCACCCAUGUCCGCACCCACGGAUGCUAUGACAACAUUGAAAACGAAUCCUUGUCACCCUAAUCCCUGUCAAAACGGAGGCACAUGUCAUGACUUCGACUCGGGAAGAAACUAUAAAUGCAUAUGCUCAGUUGGAUUUGACGGCUCACAUUGUCAAGAGGAUGUUUGUUCAGAAUGUGAUGUACAUGCCUAUUGUCUCCAUGGGAAAUGCCAUUGUCGUCUUGGUUUCCAAGGUGACGGUUACGAGUGUCUGAUAGUAACCUGUGAUCAUUGUCACCCUCAUGCCACAUGUCUUAUCGGUGUAUGCACGUGCAAUAAUGGAUGGUCUGGCAACGGACAACACUGUUCAAGAAACAAACCAGUGGUUCCAGUGCCAGUGAACUAUGAUACUUCGGAUUGUCCGUCUGCAUGUGCCACACAUUGUGAUGAAUCGUGUCCUGUCUCAUGUUGCACAACAGUUCGAGCACCGCCUGUGUUUAUACAAUCUGCCCCACCGGCUUCUCCCCCUCCACCACCACCACCUGCUCCUCCUUUUCCUCCUCCUCCUCCUCCUCCUCCUCCUCCAAUUCCAUCACCACCGCCACCGCCAUCAUACCCAACCUACUCGACAUCAUGUAAUCCUUCCUGUUAUUCAUCAUGCACACCACCUUGCCCUUUGUCCUGUUGUAAAAAGAGUAAAACCCAUCCUUCUGCAAAGGCAGCUCCUGUUCUUUCUAUCCAGGACAUGUGUCCACCCAUAUGUGCUUCUGACUGUUUGUCGUUUUGUCCCGAGAUGUGUUGCACCAAAGAUAGCAUUUCAGAAUCAUCAAUGGAAUCUUCGGAGUCUUCUUCAAAAUCACCACCACCACCACCACCACCACAACCACCACCACCACCACCACCACCACCACCACCACCACCACCACCACCACCACCACCACCUUCACCACCACCUUCACAACCACCUUCACCACCACCACCCUCUCCUCCAAUUUCAGCAACUCCUGAACAGUCCUUUAACGAACCUCAUUCACCCACGCUGAGAUCAUUCGGUCCAACUGAUAGUAUGUAUAUGCAAAAUGCUAACUAUCAACCAAGAGGAGCUGUUUCAGAUGUGACAUCCAUUCACAAUACACAGGCAGUGCUACCGGUCCGCAGUUCACCCCAGGUAUUACCCGUACCCUUACCUGUCUCCCAAUAUGCCAAAGGAGGUUCAGCGUCACCAUUUGCGAGGUCAGUAAAACCAAAACUUACCAGACCGAGACAUUACACCGGUAAAUGCAAGCCAAUAUGCUUUGCUAGAUGUUCUGCAGAUUGUCCACUCGCAUGCUGCGGUGUGAGGCGUAAAAGGUCAGAAAUAUUUUCACCAUAAUACCUGACAUAAUCGGUUGAAAA